AAAUGUGGAUAUUAAGUACUGGUGCAUCACAUCUUGCUGUUGCACGUCAAGCGAUACAUUACACUCAGAAUCGAAUCGGACUUCACUAUUACAGCUGCAUUCACGACAAGGCCCAUCACCAUCACCAUGACCGACAGAGAUGCGUUGACUUCGCGCACUCUUCCUUUCAUGACCUUGUCGGAUGGUUCUGAGUCCUCUUUAGCAGGACCACCACCUCCACUGCCACAUUAUUUGAACGCCGAAGGACGAGCACUGGCACGCUUCGCAGUCGAGGGCAAUCUAAUAACUGACUCUCUUUUAGUAACUGGAGGCGCCGGCACACUAGGCCUCUCUGCCGCUCGAGCUCUCCUCGAGCAUGGCGCAUCAGGUUGCUGUCUUUGGGAUCUAGAAUCAACCCUCCGCAGCUCUCAACAAGCGAUCUCGACUCUGGCCAACGACUUUCCCAAGCAAAGAGUAUUCGGCAUCGCAGUGGAUGUAACAGAUGAAGAAGCCAUUGCUGAAGCUGCUGCAACUGUCGUGCAGAAUCUAGGUUCUAUCGACCAUGUUUUCUGCUUUGCUGGCAUCGUGGGCUGCUACCACGCCACCGAAAUGACACCUGACCAAUGGCGCAAGACCAUUGACAUCAACACCACUGGUUCGUUCCUCGUUGCUCAAGCGGCAGCGAGACAGAUGAAAGCUCAGAAGUCCGGGGGAUCGAUUACACUCACAGCUUCAAUUUCCGCACAUCGGGUCAACUUUCCACAACCGCAGGUGUCCUAUAACGUAUCGAAAGCUGCCGUCGUCGCAAUGGUCAAAUCCUUGGCAGCAGAGUGGGCAGUCGAUGGCAUCCGAGUCAACAGUAUAUCUCCGGGAUACAUGGACACCAUUCUCAAUGCUGGUGGCGGCAACAUUGCUGAAGCGAGAGCCACCUGGGCAAGCCGUAAUCCCAUGGGAAGAAUGGGAGCGGUGGGAGAGCUUGACGGAAUGUGUGUCCUGCUUGCAAGUCGCGCAGGUACUUAUAUCAAUGGUUCUGACCACAUCAUUGACGGUGCGUACAAUUUAUUUGAUAGUACUUGCCCCGUUACUCAUAGCUGAUGCUGACUGUUCCUUCAGGUGGUGCUACUGUCUUCUGAUAUCUUGGAAAUGUCGGUAUAGCUACACAGGUGACAGUCCAAAGGUGCAGCCCGCUCGAACCAUGUAGGGGAUCAUGCCCAUAGUGACCCAGGUAUUCGCGGGCAACACAGCUCUGACAGACCUAGAAGUACGUACGCCACUGCGACCGAUAUGGUUAAUAUGUGAAAGUUCGACAUUAUCCUGUCCCGAACC